CCAGCCGGUGGUGUCACUCAACAACAACCUGCAGACUUCAAAUCACUUCAAACACACAAUACCUCACACUGCCGAAUAGGUGACUCAGGCAAAAAUAUCACCUUGUCUUUCCAUAAAGUUGGUUGACUAUCUUUCCUUCAUCCCCCUGUCCUUUAAACUGAUUCCUUUAGAGAAAUUGCUCAGCUGUUUUUCUGAUGGUCAGCCAUGGAUGAAGAUGACAGCCAAGAGGAGCUGAUCAACCGCAGUUCGUCCCACAGCAAAGGAAAAAGGGCUGCGUUGUGGGCCAUCUCAGAUGACUCUGACAAUGAUGAAGGGGAGUCUGAGGAGGGAGAAUCUGACAGUGGUGAGGAAGAAGAGGAUGGUCACGUAGAUGGAGAGGAUGACGAUGAAGAGGACGAAGAAGAAGAAGGGAAUGAAGAGGAGGAUGAUGAGGAAGAGGAGGAAGAUGCCAAGGCUGAGGAUGGAGCUUUUGGGGGAACCUCUGUUGAGGUUGUGGAGAUCAGCUCGGAUGAGGACGCAGAGAAGUGUCCCAUCUGCCUUAACUCAUUUAGCAACCAGCCUGUGGCAACACCAGAGAACUGCGAGCACUACUUCUGUCUCGACUGCAUCCUUGCAUGGGCCAAGAAUGCAAACUCGUGUCCUGUAGACCGUAUUGCCUUCAACAGCAUAUACCUAAGGAAAUGUUAUGGAGGCAAAGUGAAGAAAAUGAUCACAGUACAGAAGCCUGUGAAGGAAGGGCAAGAGGAAAUCAUAGAUGUGGACCUGGAGCAGACCAGCUGUGAGGUGUGUGGGGGCAGCGACCGUGAGGACCGCCUCUUGCUCUGCGAUGGCUGUGAUUCUGGGUAUCACAUGGAGUGUCUCACGCCACCACUUGACUCUGUUCCUGUGGAGGAAUGGUUCUGUCCCGAGUGUGAAGCCAGCAAUCGUCACUUACGGGGUACAGCUGAAGAAAUUAGUGACACAGAGAGCCUACCGUCUGCUGCCCAUCCUGCCACCAGUCGCUCCCAGUCCGGGGCUGCAGGUCCCACCAGAGCUAUCGCCCGAACUCAGCAGAGUGAAAGGGUCCGAGCUAAUGUCAACCGACAUCGCAUCUCACAGGCACGCUCAUCACAGUUGGCUCCCACAUAUCUGAUUCAGUCCUCGUGGCUGGAUGACACUAUUAAUGCUGUGGUUUCUGGGCUCAACACGGCUGUGUAUAUACGGGACUUCACACCUCGUGUCCCAUCUACCCGCAGGCGAAAGACCGGAAAGCGCAGAAAGGUCAGAAGAAAGAAGACAUCUUCUGUUAGGGGUCAAAAUGGUAAAGCGUCAAGUACAGGAGUCAAGAGGAGGAGACGGAGAGUGAGGAGGACUAAAUCCAGAAGAAAGCUGAUGUUGAAAAAGACUGCCACUCCUCGAAGCCGUAUUGCUAAUAAUCUCCGAAUUGUAAAAGACAAGAAGAGCUCUUCGCUUCCUACAGUAUAUCGGCCAGCAGAGCACACGCUAAGCAACAUGCGCGCUGACAUAGGCGCAGCAUCCCUCUCUAUCUAUGGAGAUCCAUUUGACCUGGAUCCAUUUGUGGAACGUGAGGAGGAAGAGCAGCAGGCCCGCGUUACGUCUCUGUUGGAGGCAAAGAGACGAGGGAUCUCUCGAUCUGCUCUUCGUUCUCACCAGCCGGUAGCUCGACCAGUCACUGCAGGCCUUUCCAGGAGAGGAAUGGAUGUGCCCCAGUCAGGGGGUGUCGUGGAGGCGGCUCCUGUGCCCGACCUCCUGGGCAGUAUCCUAUCGGGACAGAGCGUCCUCUUGAUGGACAGCUCUGAUGUCGUUAUUAAUCGAGAUGGUUCCCUUAAAGCUACAAAGUCAAUGAUGCCAUCUGGGUUAAACCCAGGUUGCAGCAAUAGCAAUAGUAGCUCAGGAGAAACCAGCACCCAGAUCAGUCCGGUGAUGUCACCCAACCCAGGAGACAGUUCUCCGUCCCUCCACUACAGCGGAGACCUACCAGGGUCCUCCCAUAGCUCCAUGAACAGACCUUUCUCCCAGAGCUCUUCUCACUUACCCCCCUACAUGCCCUCCUCAGCCAGCCACACCCGACCAUCUACCCAUUCUGAUUUACCACCGCGAGGUCAUCCAAGUUUGCAGCCACCUCGUCCAAUCAGACCCACGACGCACCCUCCUGCUCACUGGAGAGCCAAUGGAGUUAGUUCCCCCAGCCCCUCCUCAUCCACCCUAGACUCCAGCUCCAAAAGCAAGGGAGUGGCCUCAUCACAGUCCCAACCUAAAAAAGCUGAUCUAAAGCCCAUGUGGGUAGAUGUGUCAGUGCUUCCUAGGAUACCAAAAAUAAAAAGGGAGAGCAGUGGUGUCGCAAAUGAUGGCGCUAGUCAAGGUGGCAGCAGUAGUCGUGGUAGGGGAAAUAGUAGUAAUUCUAGUAGUAAUGGUUACGGCGUGCCAGAUACAGGCAUGAACAGCCUCGCUGGGGAUAAGGGAAGGCAGCAAAGUGUCGACCAGCAGAAGGGCAGGACUGACGGUCAGGCGCAGAGGCCUGACAGAGCGGGCUCAUCCUCAGCCUUCUCCAACUCAUUCUCAUCCUCUUCCUCCUCCACUGGCUCUUCUGCCAACCAUCCACGUUAUUCCUCUUCUUCCUCAUCUUCAUCAUCGGUGAGCUUCCGCAUUAACACCAGUGGGAACUCCUGGCAGUCAAGGCGGCUAAGCACCUCGUCAUCUUCUCCUGCUGCUGCUGGAGGCAGUACGCCGGCACCCCGGAGAGAAAAGGAAGAUGACGCAAAAAAGAGACAGAUGCACAGGGACAAACAGAUGCUCCUGGCAUCACGUACGUCGGCCAAUAAGGAACAAGAGAGUGAUACUAUCUACGACCCCUUUGAUCCCACUCUGUCAGACUCGAGCAGCUCGGAUGAUGAGAGCCUGGACGGUAGCUCCCGACUCACCACACGUGAGGAGAAGGCUCCUAGUUUAGGAAACAAGAAGGGUUUAGUGCAAAGGAAGCAGGACCUGGUUGCUGUGAAAACUGAAACACAGGAGACCGAGGUCUCACAAGAAGAACCAAGGAGAGCUAGUGUUCAGGAAACCACGUCACGGGAGCUCAGAUUCUUAGAGGAAUAUGUCAAGGUAGAAAAAGAAACUCGAUUACUAAACACUAAGACUGAGAAACAAACAUCAUUACUUUCCACUAAAGUUAAGAAAGAGCCAGGGUUAGAUGAUGCAGGGGAAGCUGAAAGGUUUGGUCACAAUGUAAAAAGUUUGAAGUCAGAGACAGCAGACACCACACCACCUCUUCAACACAGCCUGGAUCUUGUAAAGACUGAAAGAGAGACUCUAGGGGAGGAGAGUGGAGAGAGUGUUGGAGCUCCACCUGACUGUAAAAACGAUUCAUCAGCAUCUAGCUCUGCUCCCACCAAGAAGAAACACAAGCCAGAAAGUAAAUCGGAUUCCAAAUCAUCUCCCAAGUCGAGAGAUUCAGGCCAUAAGAAGAAGACCCUCCAAGCUUCGAAGGAGAGACGCUCUAGCAGUCCAGAGACUGACAGAGGCAAGAGAGGAGACCAUCAUGCCUCAGGCGAUGGAGGCCGACAGAAAGAAAAGGAGAAGGACAAAGGAGAAAGGAGUUCCAGGCGGUCAAGGUCCAGAGAGAGGAGGAGGGCACACUCAACAUCAGAAAGCUCUCAGUCCCAUUCCCCUGAUAAGACUCGCAGAAAGAGACAGCGGUCCCGAUCCAAAGACAGGAGGCGAUCUAGGUCUGGUUCCAGCUCUAGCAGCAUAGAGCAUUCAACGAGGAAGAAGCAUAAACAAAUGAGCAAGGAGAGAAAUGAUGGUAAAGAGCGAGACUGUGAUAAAAGACGGGUGUCAAAGGACAAGAGACACGGUCGGUCCCGCUCAAAAUCACGUUCCAGAUCCAGAUCGAAGGACCCUAAACGUGGUCGAUCUCGCUCAAAAUCACGGUCCAGAUCCAGAUCUAUAUCGAAGGACCAUAAACGUGGUCGAUCUCACUCAAAAUCGCGAUCCAGGUCCAGGGAAAAGAGGAAAGACCCAGCACGCCUGCCACAACCCUCUCUCUCUUCCAGAGACAAGGUGGAGUCACAGUCAAAAGACAAGAGGAGACGCAAGUCUCGGUCCAGCUCAAGAGAGAAAAGGAAAGAAGAAGGAUCUUCAUCCAAGAGUUCUCAGAAAACUUCAGGGUCCUGUGUUUCGUCCUCUAAAGACACAAAACAGGUAGAGGGCAAGAAAAAAGAGAAGGCUAUCGCUCGAAGCUCCCUCAAAGACAAAAAAGCUGCCACAGUGAAUAAACAGAAGAUUCCCUCCUCUACUGACACGUCUAAAGAUAAAAAGAAAGGGAAAGACCUCAAGGCAGACGAACAGGCCACAAAAGCAGAAAUGACGGAAGAGGUGAAGGUUGGAAAAGAAAUUAAGAAAGAAAAACAAACAUCUCUUGAUAUGUUUGAAGAUUCUUUUUCUCUUACUAAACCAAUUAAGAAAGAAGAAACUGACAUUUGUGCUUUGAUGGUAACCAAAAGCAUAGAUGAGGAGGGAAACAAAGAAGAACCCAUCAAGACUGAGAGGUUUGAAGUCAAGACCGAGAGGUUUGAAAUCAAGACUGAGACUUGUGAAGUCAGCACUGAGACUUGUGUAUUCCCAGUAAUUAAAUCCGAGCCAAGUUCCCCAGAAUCAUGCCACCUAUCCCCUGCCACCUCAUUUUCUACAUUGACCACACCUGUUACAGCACACGGUCUCCAGGACACAGUCUCUCAGUCUCAGCCAGAGGCGAUGGCCUCCAGAGAACAACCAGACACCGUUGGGUUGACUGUCCCCGUGAAGCAGGAAGUGAAGCAGGAAGUUCAGCAACCCUCGGACUCUGAUGAUGACUUUAAUGUUGAUGUGAUGCUAGACAACCUGGACUAUGUGAAAUCUGAGCGCACGGAGGAAAGCGCUGCAUCUGUCAAACAAGAGGAGGAAGCAGAAGAGGAGAAGACUGAACAGGCAUCGACUGUAGUGGGAGCGAAAUCCAAGCCUCAGGUGAAAAGGGUCACCUGGAAUAUACAGGAGCCUGAGGGGCCUCAACCAGAGAAAUCAGCAAGCAAGCUGUCGCUUUAUAAACUGAAGCUGAAGCAGGAAGGAGCUCGCAGACCCCCUUCAACAGUCCAGACAACCAGUCAGGACAUCACUGGAGCUGUCAGUCACCCUUCCAAGAGGGAUGCUGUCGAUCCGCUUGGUACCUCCUCUAGAUCUGAUGGUGUACCAGGAGAGGCAGAGGAAGGAGAUUCGUCAAGGAAAGACCAGUAUUUGAAGAAGCUGCACAUGCAGGAGAGAGCUAUAGAAGAGGUGAAGCUCGCCAUCAAGCCUUUCUACCAGAACCGAGACAUCAACAAGGAUGAAUACAAAGAGAUUCUACGCAAAGCCGUCCAGAAGGUGUGCCACAGCAAGAGUGGGGAGAUCAACCCAGUGAAGGUGGGCAAUCUGGUCAAGGCAUAUGUGGACAAAUACAAACACGCUAGGAAACACAAGAAAGGAGAGGACUUAGGGCAGGAGGCUGAGGCCAUGGGAAUGUCUGAUAGCCCAUGAGGAGGCGUGAAUUACAGGCAAGGACAGCCACACCCACUGCAAACACUUCAUAUUCAUAUGUUUUACUUUGUGUCCGACAGCUAGGUGUGAUCUCAAACUCUCUUACAAACUAAUCAGUUAACUAAGAUUCGCUCAAAUCUUCAAGAUGGAACAUUUUCUACGAUGUCGAGCUUGAUAUCGAAUUGAAUUUCCAGGACAAACUUUUUUUUGUUGAUCACUUGAACAUCACCUGAACUGCACCUGUUGAUGUCUUACACUUGGACUGUCACUGCCAAGACUCUGGUCUCUUUGUGUAGUACAGCUCAGAAACUCAACGGGAGACCUCGAGGUUGUGCCUUAAAGAGGCAAAUCUCAAAGUCCCUUCCGUGGCAUGAUAAAUCGGGUAGCUUUCUCCACCGGGAGGAUGGCUGUUUUGUUUUGUUUUGUUUGGUGGGAGUGAAGGGGUAUUUAUCAGUGGCAAAACUUUUUUGUUUGGUUAAGAAAAAGGUAUAAAAAUAUGCAGAGUAUGCAUAUUUAAGAGGUUUGUCACAUCAAGGAACAACACUGUUAUGCAAUUUUUGUAGAAACUUUAUCAGUAUAGUAAUAAAACAAUUUUAGAUUUGGUUGUAAAUAAUAUAGAUUUGAUAUAUCCACUUAUAUGUUCAUUUCAUCUGUGUUGCCUGUUGUGAAUGGCUGACAUAAAUGGUUCUAGUUUAUAGAGUUUGUGUUUUGUAUUUUGAAAGCCUCCGUUAUCUGUCUAAUAUCCAUGUCUGAUGAGCUGAAUCUAGUUCAGCGUUCUACAGGUGAAUUCUGGCUCAGCAAUUUGAAAUGAAUAAUGGAGUCACUCAGCUCAGAUAACAGCCUCUUCUUUUUAGGCACCUUGUUCCUUUGAGUGUCAGUGUUACCUGUUUUUCAACCCGUUAUUGAAAUGUAGAAAACCAGGGAAUAUUUUGUUUUUGUGCCUAACUAGUAAAAAUAAUAAUAAUAAUAAUAAAAAAACGCACCAUUUCCCUCAAUAAAAACGAUUAAAUUUGUUUUUGGGCAUUCUGUUUUUAAACAAUGGAGACUACCGCUCCACAGAAGGUAGUAUAGAUUUUAUUUUGGAGUGAAAAGGGUUAUAAUACAGACUCAAUGGCUGAGUUGCAGUACCCAUUAUUGUGCAAAAAUGUCUAUAUUUUGUCACUGUCUUACCUGAUGCUCUCACAUCUGCAAACAUUUUAACACGUUUUUUUUUCUUUUUGUAUUUAAAGUUUAUCAAUACAUAUUAAGCUCAUUUUAUUGGCAUGAUAUCAAGGUUUUGUGAGCUCAAUUUAUAGUCCAUAUUAUCAUAAAAAAACAGUGGAACAUCUCAUAAGUUGCAGCAUUUUCCAAGGUAGGUAUGAUGGAAGUAAACACAAGCGCUUUAGUUGGGAACAUCUGUUCAGUGUUCACCUGCAGUACUUAAUUACAGCCUCAUUCUGACUGCUUUGUCAUUGUGUCUUAAACCUUACUCUUGGUGAUAUCCUUUACUACAUUGCUUUCUUUAACAGAAUUGUUCAUGAGAAUGUUAUUCUGCGUGUCCAGCAUUUUGUUGUCUAUAGUAGUUUGUGUAAAGACGGAUCAGGUGGGUGGUCGGACUUGCCUUGUACUGUGUUGUCACGUUUAAUUCUGCUUCAUAACGCCAAGGACUAGGAGUGGACGAAUCUACAAAAACAGGUGCUCAUGUUUAUCUGAAUGUAUUUUUCUUUUUUCUGCAUUUACUUGAUCAGACAGGCCAGGUGUUUCUAUAGAGGGAACACAAAUGAUAAUAAAUCACUGAUGAUAAAUAGGG